AAAGAAAAAAAGAAACAGAGACCCUCCUCCAUGUCCCACAUCCCUCCUCCCUCCGACCUUCCUUCAUCCUUCUCGGUUCUCAUGCAAACAACUUUUUUUUUUCUUUCCAAUAUAAUCUUUUCUUGUUAAGCAACCUCGUUGAUCGUUGAUCGUGAUCGUUGAUCGGUGAUCGAACACUUCACUCUUUCUUCAUACUCACUUUCUCUGCUAUUUAAAGCUCCACACUUUUCAAUUCGUCACUGCAAUUCUCUCUCUCUCUCUCUCUUGUGGGCUGCAUGCAUCAAAUUGAGUUUCUCUCCCGUUUAGUUUGUUAAGCAGAAAUCAUAAAUUGACAUUUAGUACAUUCCUAUCUAGGCCCGUGGAAAGAUUUUGAGGGUCCUGUGAACAAGUAAUGGGUACAAGCUGUGAUCAACGUUCUCCCGUGCUUGGCGUUCUAAUCCUGUGUUGUGUUUUGUUCCGAUGUUCGGCGACUUUGUGGGAAACAAAUGCAUUGCUGGUUGUAAAUGCUUCUCACACUUCCACAAGGAAGAUGCCUGAAAGCCUUUUUGGCAUUUUUUUUGAGGAGAUCAACCAUGCUGGUGCGGGUGGGUUGUGGGCGGAGUUAGUAAGCAAUAGAGGUUUUGAAUCUGGAGGACAACAUUCUCCUUCAAUCAUCGAUCCGUGGUCAAUAGUUGGGGAUGAUUCGUUGCUAAGAGUAUCAACAGACUUUUCUUCAUGUUUCAAGCGAAAUCCCAUUGCACUUCGGAUGGAGGUGCUUUGUGACAAUGAUGGGGCCAAUGUUUGUCCCGUUGGUGGUGUUGGUAUAUAUAAUCCUGGCUAUUGGGGAAUGAAUAUUGAACAAGGGAAGACCUACAAUUUAGUUUUGUAUAUUCGAUCACUGGGACCCAUCAAUGUCUCAGUGUCAUUGACCGACUCCAUUGGCAUGCAAACACUGGCUAAUACAAACAUCAUAGCAAGUGGCGUACUGAACUGGACAAAGAUGGAGGUUAAAUUGGAAGCAAACGGGAGCAAUCGUAAUUCUAGACUACAGUUGAAGACUAAUAAAAAAGGAGUCAUGUGGUUUGAUCAAGUUUCGUUAAUGCCCACUGAUACAUUCAAGGGACAUGGCUUCCGAAAUGAUCUAUAUAAAAUGGUUGCAGCUAUGAAGCCAGGAUUUAUCAGAUUUCCAGGUGGAUGCUUUGUUGAAGGAGAAUAUCUGAGAAAUGCAUUUCGCUGGAAGGAAACUGUUGGACCAUGGGAGGAGAGACCAGGUCAUUUUGGUGAUGUAUGGUUUUACUGGACUGAUGAUGGACUUGGGCACUUUGAAUUUUUCCAGUUGGCUGAAGAUUUAGGUGCAUCACCAAUAUGGGUAUUCAACAAUGGAAUCAGCCAUCAAGAGUCCGUCGAUCCCUCCAACAUUAUGCCUUUUGUGCAAGAAGCCCUUGAUGGCAUUGAGUUUGCUAGAGGUGAUCCCAAUUCGACAUGGGGAUCUGUUCGAGCUGCUAUGGGGCACCCAGAGCCAUUCACACUGAAAUAUGUUGCUAUUGGGAAUGAAGACUGUUGGAAGCCACAUUAUCGUGAAAAUUACCUUAAAUUCUAUGCUGCAAUAAGAAAAGCUUAUCCAGACAUCAAAAUGAUCUCCAACUGCGAUGGAUCAAACGCACAAUUAGAUCAUCCAGCAGAUAUGUAUGAUUUUCAUAUUUACCAAAAUGCAAACACCGUGUUCUCUAUGGCUAAUACCUUUGAUCGUACAUCACGUGUUGGCCCGAAGGCUUUUGUGAGUGAGUAUGCUGUGACAGGAGAUGAUGCUGGGAGGGGAAGUCUUUUAGCAGCACUGGCAGAAGCUGCAUUCCUUAUUGGCUUAGAAAAGAACAGUGAUAUUGUUGAAAUGGCAAGCUAUGCACCCUUGUUUGUGAAUACCAAUGACAGACGGUGGAACCCAGAUGCAAUAGUUUUUGAUUCUUCUCAGGCGUAUGGGACGCCAAGUUAUUGGAUGCAACACUUUUUCUCAGAUUCAAACGGUGCAACGCUUCUUAAGUCAACGCUCCAAGCCAAUUCAUCUAAUUCACUUGAGGCUUCAGCCAUUCUGUUUCAAAACCCCAUGGACAAGGGAAACUACAUGAGAAUAAAGGUUGUAAACUUUGGAAGCAGCCCAGUUGAUCUGAAGAUAGUGAUUGAUGGGUUCGAUCGUAAGUUAUUAGACUCUUCUGGAUCAAAAACUGUUCUCUCCUCGACAAACGUUAAGGAUGAAAAUUCAUUUGCAAAUCCAGAAAAGGUUUCACCUGUUAAAAGCUUAGUGGAGAAAACUGGGACGAAUAUGGAUCUGGUACUCCUUCCACAUUCUUUAACUUGUUUUGAUGUAUUGAUGAAAUCGGAUAUCACACAGAUUACAGCAGAUGAUGAUUCGCAUGUAUCCUCGAUGUAAAAGUGUAUUUGUAUAACAAUUAUAAUUAAAAAUAAAUUAAUGUUCUUCAAGAGA